GAUAUUUUUUUUUUGUAUUUUUUGCGACCAAAUUUUGACAAGUUUUGCGGCAUUAGCGUCUGAAAUUUCAAAAAAUUGUUUGUCAUUUGCUGAGCAAAUUUUCCAGUGUCUUUAAAGCUUAUCUGCGGUUUUAUUCUAUCCAAAAGAUGUUCCUGACCAGAUCCGAGUACGACCGUGGUGUCAACACCUUCUCACCAGAGGGACGUUUGUUUCAGGUAGAAUAUGCCAUUGAAGCCAUCAAGUUGGGCUCUACUGCUAUUGGAAUCUGUACACAGGAGGGAGUUGUUAUGGCCGUCGAAAAGCGCAUAACAUCACCGCUGAUGGAACCGACGAAAGUGGAAAAAAUCGUAGAGGUAGAUCGCCACAUCGGUUGUGCCACUUCCGGACUGAUGGCCGAUUCACGAACCUUGCUGGACCGGGCUCGUGUUGAGUGUCAGAACCAUUGGUUCGUGUACAACGAACGUAUGUCGGUUGAGUCAUGUGCCCAGGCUGUGUCCAGUUUAGCCAUUCAAUUUGGUGACAGCGAUGAUACCGGAUCGGCCAUGAGUCGUCCCUUCGGUGUAGCAAUUUUGUUUGCCGGCAUUGAGAACGGAGAGCCCCAACUGUGGCAUAUGGAUCCGUCCGGGACAUACAUCCGAUACGAUGCCAAAGCCAUUGGUUCUGGUAGCGAAGGCGCACAACAGAACUUACAAGAAUACUACCUUCAAACAAUGACCAUCAAGGAAGCGAUCAAUCUAGCACUGAGCACUUUGAAGCAGGUCAUGGAGGAAAAAUUAAAUUCUACCAACGUUGAGGUCAUGACCAUGACUUCCGGGCAGUUGUUCCGAAUGUUCACCAAGGAAGAAGUCGAAGAGUACAUCAAUAACAUGAGCUAAUUGUGUAAUUUAAGAAUUGGAAUCAAACGUUCUUUUUCCUUUUUGUCAACAUAAUUUAUGGGAAUAUAUUUGAAAUUUUCAAAAAGCUAACAACUUUUCAGUAUCUAAGCAUGUAAAACAUAUGAAUACAUUGAGGAGUUAAGCAUUA